AUGACCCGUGAGGAUUCGCCCAACCCAGUUUCUGAUGACGAUCAACAGUACGGCCCUGAGACAUUGGAAGAACCGAUGGGUAGCCUCUACGAGGUGACACGACUUAGGAAUGUCCGAAGUAACCAAGCAAACACGCCGCAACCAAUACCAGCCGACGAUAGCAAGUUGGAUGAUUUCAUAUCCCGCGGAGCUAUAUCUGAAGAGAAGGCCGAGGAGUUGUACAACAUCUUCCUCAAGACUCUGAAUCACUACCUCUGGGUUGGCCUCGAACAGGUUCAUCCAUCAUGGACAUCGGUGCGCAAGUCGUCCGAACUCCUGGCAGCCACCAUCCUGACAGUCACUGCGCUGCACAUACCAACAUCGUCUGACAUCUUCGACGUCUGCUACAACGAAUUCCUCUCGCUUGUGUCAUCCUCCAUGUUUUCUCGCUAUCACUCGGUCGAUGAUGUUCGCGGCUUAUGCAUAUCAGCGUUCUGGCUAUCAGAGCACUCGUGGAAGCUGACAGGCCAUGCUAUACGUAUUGCAACUGAGCUCGGCAUCCACCAAUCUUUCAUACACGCACUCGAGGGCGACAAGGAACACUUUCUGAGGGCAAGGCUCUGGUAUAUGCUUUACGUUUGCGACCGUCACUUUAGUAUUGCUUAUGGUCGACCUCCUACUGUCGCGGAAAGUGUUCAAUUACGGGAGUAUGAACUGUUCCUAGCCAGCCCCUUCUCUGGUGUGCUCGACAUCCGGAUCCUGAGUCAAGUCAACCUGAUGCAGAUUUUGACCCGUGUCUACGAACGAUUCUCUGAACGUCCUCUUCCGAUCAUCGAAAGGGCUUGUGCAGCCAACGGGAAAGCGACCAAGGCCAAUGAGCCAUCAGGAGUUAAAGGGCCACCGAAGAUCUCUGCGGCAAUGCUUGCUGAAUCCGACUUCGACACCCUCCGAAGCUUCAACGUCGAAGUUGAUCACUGGCGUAUGCGAUGGUACCCUCGACAACCACCCAGCCCUUUCAUCGGACAGUUCACAAACAAGGGAGUGAUUCUCUACUCAUACUUCGCCAAGCUUCAGAUCAACUCCCUCGCGAUCCGCGGUGUAUCGAUCAACUCCGACAAGUUGUCGACGGAGCGCAAAGAGUUCGCCAAUAUGGCAAUCUCAGCUGCCUCGAGCAUUUUGACACUGGUUCAGGAAGAGGAAGACUUGAGAAGGGCCCUAGUCGGAACGCCUCUAUACGUCCACACCAUGAUUACCUUCGCGAGUGUCUUCCUGAUGAAGGUAGCUGCUAAGUGGGGCAGCAUUAUGGGACUCAACAUCGAUUAUGCUAAUGUAUCUCGCCUCCUGGAUAAGAUGGACAAGGACUAG